AACCAAAGCCAGUGUAUGCACAAGGAGGUCAGCCAGAUGUGGAUUUACCAGUCAGUCCAUCCGAUGGUCCUUUACCCAAUUCAACCCAUGAAGAUGGAAUGCUACGGCCAAGCAUGAAACUGGUAAAAUUCAGAAAAGGAGACAGUGUGGGCUUGCGACUAGCAGGUGGCAACGAUGUUGGUAUAUUUGUAGCUGGUGUUCUGGAAGACAGCCCUGCAGCAAAAGAAGGAUUAGAGGAAGGAGACCAGAUUCUCAGGGUAAAUAACGUAGACUUCACAAAUAUCAUCAGAGAAGAAGCUGUCCUUUUUUUGCUUGAUCUUCCGAAAGGUGAAGAAGUAACCAUUUUGGCACAGAAGAAAAAAGACGUUUAUCGUCGCAUUGUUGAGUCUGAUGUAGGGGAUUCUUUCUAUAUCAGAACUCAUUUUGAAUAUGAAAAGGAAUCUCCUUAUGGACUAAGUUUCAACAAAGGUGAAGUGUUCCGGGUGGUGGACACUCUGUACAAUGGCAAACUGGGUUCAUGGCUGGCAAUUCGAAUUGGCAAGAAUCAUAAGGAAGUUGAAAGAGGUAUCAUACCUAACAAAAACAGAGCUGAGCAACUAGCUAGCGUACAGUACACACUUCCAAAGACAGCAGGAGGAGAUCGAGCGGAUUUUUGGAGAUUCCGAGGUUUGCGUAGCUCAAAAAGAAAUCUCCGAAAAAGCAGAGAAGAUCUUUCUGCCCAACCCGUUCAGACAAAGUUUCCUGCCUACGAAAGAGUUGUUCUUCGGGAAGCUGGGUUCCUCAGACCUGUAACCAUUUUUGGUCCAAUAGCUGAUGUUGCACGGGAGAAACUUGCUAGAGAAGAACCAGAUAUCUUUCAAAUUGCAAAAAGUGAACCAAGAGAUGCUGGUACUGACCAACGUAGUUCUGGCAUUAUUCGUCUUCACACUAUAAAACAGAUAAUCGAUAGAGACAAACAUGCUUUAUUAGACGUCACUCCUAAUGCAGUGGACCGUCUGAAUUAUGCCCAGUGGUAUCCUAUUGUAGUGUUCCUAAAUCCUGAUUCUAAGCAGGGUGUAAAGACUAUGAGAAUGAGACUGUGCCCAGAAUCAAGAAAAAGUGCCAGAAAACUGUAUGAAAGAGCUCACAAGCUACGCAAAAAUAAUCACCAUCUCUUUACAACUACCAUUAACUUGAAUUCAAUGAAUGAAGGAUGGUAUGGAGCUCUAAAGGAAGCAAUUCAGCAACAACAGAACCAACUAGUGUGGGUUUCAGAAGGAAAGGCAGAUGGUGCUACAAGUGAUGACCUUGAUUUACAUGAUGACCGCCUUUCUUACCUCUCAGCUCCUGGUAGUGAAUAUUCUAUGUACAGCACAGACAGUAGACACACAUCUGAUUAUGAAGACACAGAUACGGAAGGGGGUGCUUAUACUGAUCAAGAACUGGAUGAAACUCUGAAUGAUGAGGUUGGGACUCCUCCUGAAUCUGCUAUUACACGUUCUUCUGAACCUGUUAGAGAGGAUUCUUCUGGAAUGCAUCAUGAAACUCAAACUUACCCUACUUACGCAUCUCAAGCUCAGCCACAGCCAAAUCUCAGAAUAGAUUCUUCAGGAUUUAAAGCAACUACUUCUCAGCCGAAAGCAGAAGCCUCACCUGCAGUCCCUUACCUUUCCCCGUCGCCUGAAUCAAACCCUGCAACCUCAUCAACCUCUGCAGUAAAUGCUAAUGUAAGCCUGACUAAUGUCAGACUGGAGGAGCCUACUGCUGCUCCUUACAACUCUUAUCAACCACAAGCGGCCCCCUUAAGAACAUCAAGUACUGAGGGAGCUCAUAUAGUCCUAAGAGAUCAAGAGCCAUCAUCCUUAUCGCCGCAUAUAGAUCCAGCAAAGGUAUACCGAAAGGAUCCAUAUAUUAACGAAGAAGCAUCCAGGCAAAGCUAUCUCUUAAAACAGCCACCAAUUAAUCACCCAGUACAGAGACAGGAAAGAGACCCAAAUCUGAUCUAUGAAUCCCAGGCUCAGUAUGCAGAAAAACAACCGAGUAGGGACUAUGAACAGUCAACAUAUAGGUAUGAUUCUACAAACUAUGUCGAUCAAUUUUCUCGUGGUUAUGACCCUCGCCUACAUUAUGAUGACCGUGUGCCUCCCUAUGAGGAGCACUGGGCAUAUUAUGAUGAAAAACAGCCCUACAACCAAACAAGAACAGCUUACGAAAACCAGCCUCCUAGAGAUCUUGAUUCCAGACAAAAUAUAGAAGAGAGCACAGAACGCAGCUAUUACCCAGCACAACCUCGUUUUGAGGAACCCCCUGUAAUGAGCUAUGAUGGCAGACCCCGCUAUGAGCAUGCACCUAAAAACUUCAGCUUACCACAAGUGCGAUACGAAGAUCAACAUACUGUUGGAUAUGACACGCAUGGCAGAUACAAACAAGAAGCUCAGCCGUACCAGUCAGCCAUAUCGCGAUCUCCUGAACCGAAGCAGUACUUUGAUCCACAUAUAAGGAGCUAUGAACAAGGUCCUCCUCAAGCUUAUAAUGCUAAAGCUGGACAAUACGAGCAUUCUCAUAACACUUCAGGUGUUUCUCUUCCUCCACCCCCUUCAUCACAAACCAAACCAGAAGUUUUGCCUUCUAACAGUAAACCACUGCCUACACCGCCAUCUCUAGCAGAGGAUGAAGAAGAUCCAGCCAUGAAACCACAGUCUGUGCGGAGUAGGGUUAAGAUAUUUGAAAGAAGAAGAUCACCAUCUUUAGAAAAAAUGAAGGACUCAAGUGAUACAUCAGCUGUCAAGCCUCCAGAACUAGCACCUAAGCCUGCACUCACAACUGCGAGUGGUCCAAAACCAACUUCUCAAAGCCAGUACGAACACGACAAAACAACUUACAGGGCCCCAGAACCACAGAGACCUCAAGUGAAGCCACCUGAAGAUAUUGUACGUUCAAAUCAUUAUGAUCCUGAAGAAGAUGAAGAGUAUUAUAGAAAGCAGCUCUCAUACUUUGAUCGCAGGAGUUUUGAAAAUAAGCCAUCUGCACAGGUUCCUGCCAGCCAUCAUUCUGAGCCCACUAAACCAAUACAUUCGCAGAAUCAGCUGAAUUUCACCAAUUAUUCUAAGGGCAAACCAACUGAUACUGAAUCAAUGGAUAGGCCUGUUGGUGAAAAACGCUAUGAGCCAAUCCCUCAAGUCACAACUCCUCCUCCUGCUCCUUCAGUCCAGUAUACACAACCUCAGUCAAUUAACAGUCCUGGCCUGCCUCUCCCAGCACAUCACAAGCCUGCACUCUCUGAAGUUAACUCUGUCUCUGACCCUCCUCCACCUCAGAAUAAGCCAGCGAUUUUCAGAUCCUCUAGAGAGGACACUGUGCAGUCCACUUUUUAUCCUCAGAAAAGCUUCCCUGACAAAGGCCCCAUUAAUGGAACUGAACAGAUUCAGAAAACAGUCACCCCUUCUUACAACCGCUUUACAACAAAACCUUACACUAGUGCUGCAAGGCCCUUUGAGCGCAAGUUUGAAAGUCCUAAAUUCAACCAUAAUCUCUUGCCAAACGAAGCUCAACAUAAACCAGAGUUGCCAUCAAAAUCUCCAAAUUCUCCUCAACCAAUUUUGAAAGCACACGGCUCAUCGCAGCCUCCUGAGUUUGAUAGUGGAAUGGAUACCUUUGCUGUACAGGUCGACAAGCCUAAAUAUCAACCAAAUAAUGUUAAUGCUGUGCCUAAAGCCAUUCCUGUAAGCCCUUCAGCACUCGAGGAUGAGGAGGAGGAAGAUGGACACACUGUUGUAGCCACAGCAAGAGGUGUAUUUAACAGCAACGGUGGUGUGUUGAGCUCCAUAGAGACUGGAGUUAGUAUUAUUAUACCACAAGGAGCCAUUCCAGAGGGAAUAGAGCAAGAAAUAUAUUUCAAAGUCUGCAGAGAUAACAGUAUACUUCCACCUUUGGACAAAGAGAAAGGUGAAACACUUCUUAGCCCCUUGGUAAUGUGCGGGCCUCAUGGACUAAAAUUCCUGAAGCCAGUGGAGCUGCGCCUGCCACAUUGUGCGUCUAUGACCCCUGAUGGUUGGUCUUUUGCUCUAAAAUCCUCCGACUCCUCGUCGGGUGACCCCAAAACCUGGCAGAACAAGUCUCUUCCCGGGGAUCCAAACUAUCUUGUUGGAGCAAACUGUGUCUCAGUCCUAAUUGACCACUUCUAAAUAUUAAGUUAGCUGACUGAGUAAAUAAUGUGAAACUGAGAUGGACCUUACAUAUAAACUGAACCACUCUAUCAAGUAUUAACUGUUCUAUAAGUGAUAAUGGAUCUUAGUGUUUAAGCAUCUUGCUUUAACUAACACUGGUUUAGCAAGUACACUCUUUGAACCAUGGUCACAAUACAUGCCACAAGCAGGGAGUGUACAGUGGGAACAAGGUAGUGUUUUUGCAGGUUCUGUAUGCUUUGGUUUGUUGGUUGUUCUUUUGUGGCUUUUUGUUUCCUUUUUUUUUUUUAAAGGACACUACUAGUUUAAAAUCUGAAAGUACCAAUGGAAUUACAUUCAGAGGAACUGAAUUUCGUUCAUACUCCACUGGCGAAAACACAGAAUUUGGCCUGCAUUUUUAUUGCUGUGUGUUUGUAACUCACAAGACUACGUUUUGGUCUCUAUUUUUUAAAUGACUUUUGGUGUACAUGUCCAAUGAAAUGGUAAUCAACUUGGGGUAGCACAGUUUAGAUGUUUUCCUCUGCUGAGAGGCUAAUGCAAACACAGCUACUUACUGUAUAUGGAAGCAUUGUCAUGAGAACAGGGGGGAGGGGGAAAAGCAUGUGGGAUGACUAUGGUUCAGUUGCCUCUGUGGAUUUGUAAAUUAACCACAUCAUUACAGACCUAUUAACCAGCAGGGGAUGCCUUACCCUCAUGUUUUUAAUAGUCUUAGUUCUCAUAGUUCUCUGUAAGUUUGUAUGGCUUUUGUGCUUACCUAGAUAAUACAUCACGAGAGACUGGGGAAAGGGGGGGGAACAACAAACUUGUGAGUUGGUUUAGAGAAUGAGUAUUGUUUGUCUUCAUCAGCCAGAAGAGAACCGGAAGAAAAUGAUGGUAUGUUUUCUGCUAUGCAUUUGAAAACUUCUAGAUGUUAUAGACUGCUUGUAUAUAAUGCGUGCAUACCACUUUUGUUCUUGGUUUGUAAAUUAACUUUUAUAAGCUUUACCUUUUUAUAUAUAUAAAUAUAUAUAAAAACAAACAAAGUUUCUUAAGGAUAUCUUUGUAUUCUCAUACCUUUUGAGCCUUGAACUUUGACAUCUGCAGCAAUAAAGCAGCAUUUCUACAAUAUAUGAACAAGGACAUUUUUUAAAAAUGCACAAAGUUGUUACCUUUUUAAGUGCUGCGUUUAAAGAAUAUAACUCGGAAUUCUCUACUUUGAUUAAAUUCUUGAAAAGUAUCCCUACUGUAAUUUGUCAUAAGGAUGCUGUACUAUGUGCCCUGAAAUGUAUUUUUUUACUAAUAGACAAUUUAUUACGGCACAAUGGCACUACUACUGUUUAGAUAAUAUACCACUGCAUUCUGUUAAUGAGUUAUUAGCUAUUCAGGUGUGGCUGAUUUUUUCUCUGCAGUUAUUAAAAUUACACGUUUCUAAAUAUACAGAAUAAAACUGUUUUUAAAAUAAUAAA